GCCAACUAUGAUGUGGAGUUAUCAUCUGACUCCUCGCACUUCCGAGUGAAGAGGAAGAGCACCGGCACAGUGCUGUGGGACAGUCCCCUGGUUGAUCUGUUUUUCUCCAACCAGUAUCUUCAGAUUACCACAGCUGUGCCAUCCACAUCGGUGUAUGGGUUUGGUGAGCAGGAGCACGUGUCCUUCAAACAUAGCAUGGACUUUGCUACCUACAGCAUGUUCAGCAGGGACCAGGCACCCACGCCACUCGCCAACCUCUACGGCGUUCACCCCUUCUAUAUGUGUGUAGAGGAUGACUCCAAUGCCCACGGUGUUCUCCUUCUGAACUCCAAUGCGCAAGAAGUCUCUCUGAGUCCGAACCCAUCCUUAACUUUCCGCACUAUUGGAGGGAUCCUUGACUUCUAUCUCUUCCUUGGUCCAACUCCAGAAAAUGUCAUUCAGCAAUACACAGAGGCCAUUGGACGCCCACACAUGCCUGCCUACUGGUCUCUGGGAUUUCAUCUGUCCCGGUGGGGUUAUGCCAGCCUCGAUGUCGUAAAGGAAACUGCCAAACGCAUGCAUCACUACGACAUCCCCUUUGAUGUCCAGCAUUUCGAUAUCGACUACAUGGAUCGUCGCCUGGACUUCACAUAUGACAAAACGAAUUAUGCGGGUCUGCCAGAGUACAUCAAAGAGCUGAAGACAGCAGGAAUGCACAGUGUCAUUAUUCUGGAUCCAUUUAUAAGCAAGGAUGAAGAACCAGGUACUUACAGGCCAUAUGACCUCGGACAGGAAAUGGGAGUCUGGAUAAACAACUCCGAUGGCAUAACUCCUGCUAUUGGAAAGUCCUUGCCUCCUGGAUACUCAGUGUUUCCUGACUACACCAACCCCAGAACAGUGGAAUGGUGGACCCAGUUGUGUCUGGAGUUUAAGGAUGUCCUUGACUACGAUGGGAUCUGGAUUGAUAUGAAUGAACCAUCCAAUGAUUUAACAGGCCAACUUCCUGGAUGUGCUGCUAAUGAUAUCAAUAAUCCUCCUUACAUUCCUAGCAUUACUGAUCACUCCCUGUCUCAGAAGACUCUGUGUCCCGACUCCAGGACUUACCUGGGGGAGCACUACAACACGCACUCUCUCUUUGGCUGGUCACAGACUGCUCCAACUUUCCAUGUUGUCCAGCAGGCAACUGGGAAGCGGGCGUUUGUCCUGAGUCGCUCUACCUUCGUCGGCAGCGGGAAGCACGCUGGUCACUGGCUGGGUGACAACAACUCUCAGUGGAAGGACAUGCACUACUCCAUCAUCGGCAUGCUGGAGUUCAACCUCUUUGGCAUCCCCUUUGUUGGUGCUGACAUCUGUGGGUUUGCCUCCAACACAACCUAUGAGCUCUGUUUGCGCUGGACGCAGCUUGGCUCCUUCUACCCAUUUUCCAGAAACCACAAUGCAGAGGGAAAUGCUGCUCAAGACCCAGCAGUUUUUGGAGCAGAGUUUGCCAAGAUAGCUCGAGCUGCGCUCCGGAUCAGAUACUCCCUGCUGCCAUACCUCUACACCUUGUUCUUUGAGUCUCACGUCCAUGGCAACACGGUGGUACGGUCACUGAUGCAUGAAUUUACCUCUGAUCAGCAGACUCAUGGGAUAGAUACUGCCUUCCUUUGGGGACCUGCAUUUAUGGUUGCUCCUGUUCUUCAAGAGGGAGCAAGAUCAGUGGAUGUGUAUUUCCCUGAGGCAACAUGGUUUGACUACUACACAGGUAAGAAGAUACCAAGUACCUGGCACAAGACAUAUGCUACUGUCUACGCCCCACUGAACAAGAUCCCUCUGUUCAUCCGUGGAGGCCAUAUUCUGCCAGAACAGGCUCCAGCCUCAACAACUACCAAGAGCCGUCUGAACCCAUUUGGACUCAUUAUAGCCCUGGAUGAGCAUGGAGAAGCUUCUGGGUCCCUCUUCUGGGAUGACGGUGAUUCCAUCGAUACUAUUGAAAAUGAAAACUACUUCUUGGCUAAAUAUACAUUCAGCGCAGGACACCUGAAGACAGAAAUACUUAAAAAUGGUUACCAAGGAGCUGACUCUCUGAAGUACAACAAAAUCACCAUUCUUGGCCUGAAGCUGAGACCUGAUGCCGUUGCUGUGAACGGAAGGGCUGUCCGUAGUGAUACCUUCUCCUAUGAGCUGAAUGGGAAACUCAUUUUGGGGAUUUCUGUCCCACUUACUCAUGAACUCAACCUGGAAAUUUAUUAAAAUAUUUAGAAAAUGCUGAUAUCCGUGGCCCUCAGAUGUUGACCUCAGAUGAUUUUAAUAUAAAGAAGAAUUUGGCCAUUAAAAUGUAGCUGAUGCACCUUU